AACGCCUCUUUAAAAGGAUGCUCAGGGGAAGGCUCUGUACUUGUUGAUAAAAACCUGCUCCUGUACGUUUUGGAACCCUGACUAUUUGAUUCUGGUUUUGACUUUGGCUUUGGAUCUCGACUUUGACUGAACUCCGCCUGCAUCUGACCCCAGCCUGUUUAUUUGUUUACGAUUGAACUCUGCCUGCAUCUGACUCUGUCAUACUUAUCCAAUUAGACUGAACUCCGCCUGCACUGACUUCGGCCUGCCUUUCGACUACUCUUCUGCCUUUCCCUACUAUACUACUACUGCCUGCCACAGCUUUUGAAACUACUGCUGGACCUCGUCUCCUCACAUCUGGACUCUAGACAGCAUCUUAUGGUUCAGGCUUCCCUGCUCUGUACCUGCCAUUACUUUCUACUCCAAGUUCGCCCACUGGCCCCUCAGGAGCAGAGUCGGCUACUAGCCAACAGCCUCUUCGCAUGUGGAAUUGCCACCUCCUUGCAGAGCAGCCUUGGCACCAGGCUGCCUCUUGUCCAAGCACCCACCUUCGAAUUACUUAUCCCAGCGCUGAUUCUCAACAAGCACCCACCAGAGAAUGAGACAUCUAAAAAUGACACUCAGGGAUCUCUGUUCUGCAAAGGUAAUGGGUGUGAGAAGCUGCAGCGAGGCAUCCAACCAGUCAGGGAGGUUUCUGGGGCACUUGUGAUUUCAGGAGGGCUGCAGGCUUUCUUUGGUGUCUCUGGUCUGUGCGGCUGGAUCCUGCAGAACUGUGGUCCUGUGAUUCUAGCGAGCACCCUCUCCAUUAUUGGUCUCUCUUGCUACAAACCAGCAGCCUUGUUUUGCUCAACAAACUGGGCUAUUUCCUUGUUACUCAUCUCGCUAACUGCCUUCCUGUCCCAGACAUUGCGCUCAUGCCACCUGCCUGUUUGCACAUGGAAGAGGAAGGAGGGAGUGAUAAAGAAAUAUGUGCCAAUAUUCCGCAUGUUGUCAAUAUUUAUGCCAGUUACAUGUAUCAUAAUUGCCUCUAAAAUUCUGGAACAUAUUGGUGAGCUCCCAGCAUUUCCUGUUGCUGUUAGAUUAGAGCACAAUGGAUCCAUGUUGGCAGAAGAUGGAACUCAAGAUUCUUAUUUUAACCUUGGAGAGAACAAAACCCAACUGAGCCCUUGGUUUCAAGUUCCAUCUAUAGGUGCCUGGGGUUGGCCAGAGUUCAGUCUCCAGACUCUCAGUGUGGGCAUUGCUAUGGCUUUGACUUCUACCAUUUCUUCUAUGGGUUGUUAUGUCUUAUGUGCUCGCAUACUGUGCUGCCCCACCAUUCCUCAUCAUGCAUCCAACCGUGGAAUCUCUAUUGAAGGAGUUGGGAAUGUCCUGUCAGGACUUCUGGGUAGUGUCUGUGGAGCAGGAUCCAGCAUCCCCAAUGCCGGACUGGUUGGCCAUACACAGGUGGGGUCCCGCCAUUCUGUGCAGUUUAGUGCACUGCUGUUUGUUGUUUUGGGGUGUUCACCCAAACUGUGCGAGUUCCUAAUGAGUAUCCCCUUUGCUGUCCACGGUGGAGUCUUUUGCCUUACAUACUCUAUGGCAGUGGGUGCAGGAGUUUCCUAUUUUCUGUACACAGACAUAGACUCUGGUAGGAACAUCUUUAUUGUGGGGUUUGCUGUGUUCAUGGCGUUGCUGGUCCCACGUAGGCUGGAAGCAGAUCCAGGCCAAUUAGCCACUGGUUGGCUGAUUCUUGACUUGUUUCUCUUAUCCAUAUUGACAGUUCCAACCUUCCUUGGAGGAUUACUUUCUUUUGUUCUGGAAAAUACUAUCACAGGAACCUUGUUGGAAAGAGGUCUACAUUCAGGCUUCAAGUUAUGGGUCCCAGCCACAGGGGAAGAUACACCAAAGGCCCGUCAGGAAGAACUGGCCAAAACAUACAGUCUUCCCAGUGCCCUGACUAGACACUUGCCCACUGUGUACCCUUUUAGCCAGCUCUUCCCUCCGCCUUAUGUGAGUCUAGAAGGGUCUGGGGAAGUGGAAGCGGAAAAGUUACUCACAGCUAAACCUUCAAUAAAAGACCCGGAACUUGGAUGAAUAUUUGACAAUUUGCCAACAUUCAUAUAGAUCCACAAAUCUCCGAACUCUCUGAUUGUUGGACCUGGAACCUCUCAUGCUUGAGUUCUGUGCAUGUUCAUUGCACCUUGAGUACAGCAGAGGGCUUCAUGCUGGAUUACUUCAGCAUUCAAGAGGUGUCAACUCCCCCCAUACCCCACACCCAAAAAAGUAUGUAAUUUAAAGUAUGUAUUCUAUGGUAUUUGGUCCUAGAGACCUGUGCAACAAAACCAAGGGAAACUUGCAGUCUACCUCCUUGACAGUAAAUGGGAAACAGUUUGGCUUACUUCUCCAGCCCAUUUUGUUUUUCAAUGAUGCCAUUGUAUGCAAUAAAACUAUUUAUUUGUUAGAAAUUUGUUGUAAUUCUUGCGUCUUGUUGGCAUUGGGAGCUGGCAGUACAUUGGAUUAAAUCACAUUGCUCCCCAAGUGAAUAAUAUCAGAGAGGCUUUGUAGUAAAACCUAUCCAAUUUGA